AUAAAUGAAAGUUCAUUAGUCCUGGCAUAACCGUCCGUGAAUAUCUGAAAUACUUAUACCGUAUAUGGACUGUAUAAUUGUAUUUUGAAGAACAUGGUUGAUAACGGUACGUGAAAGUACUUUUAAUUUGGUAUUAUGUUGACAUGAUUAAAUAAUUUAACCUUACAAAGUAUUUAAGAUAUUAAUUUCACCAAUUCAGUAUCUGGGUUCUAGCCCGAGGAUUGUUUCCGACGAAUAUUUUGUAGUCAUCGACGACGUUAGUUAUACGAACCCUCCCCCACAGAAUUGUUUAUACUUUAAGGUAGCAAGCAAUCUUAUCAUGACGUCUAAGGUUUGUGUAUAUGUUUUCGUAUUCGCAAGAGAACAAACUUAAAAAUGUUGCUUGUAAAGUUAUACACAUCAUUUAACCCUUACGAUUUGUUAUAUAUGCUGGUCUUUAUGUUUAUAAAUUGAAACUGCAUACUCUUUGAGGACUCACGGGUUCAAUAAUCAACUACUAAGACACUUCCAUUCAGAGCUCUUGUUGUGAAUGGAGAGCUAUACUAAUCAUGUCAAUAUACAAAAUAAUUUCUAUUAUUGUCUCAAACGUAAAUUAUAUCUCUUAUUUUAGCAACGUUAAGCGAUACUUAUCGAAGCCAUGACUCGUCUGGAUCCUCGAGACUUCUUAUUCCUGAUUCAGUUAUCGGAUUGGUCGAUUUCCGAAUUAAUAGUUAUUAUUGACAUUUAGUGUUUUGUUACAGUACCCCUAUCUACAAAGGCAUAUAUUUUCAAUCCACUGGUUGUCUGUUAUUUUAACUUCUACGGUUCAAAAUCCGCAAAGAAAAAGAUACGUUUUACUUUUGCUGCUUUACAAUCCCAUACUUCGAAGAGUAAGACGACGAUCGCUGUCGCUUUGAGAUGCGUUUUAUACAAUGGUUGUUGGACUUGAUAGUGCUUCAUUCCCUUUAUUGAUAUGAGUGUUUCCCAUCAGGUUGUAUUGUAAGUUGCUUAACAUGAGCUUGUUCUUAGCUAAUCCUAGAUGUAUACUUCCGAAAUUUACUAGGGAUAUCGGCAAGACUGGAUUCUGUUAACUUUUCGAACGCAAUAAAACUUCUAAAAUCAAUGUCAGUAUUUUCAUCUCGCCUAUUUCCCCCAACUUUCUAAUUUCAAGAGUUAAAAGGCUUUUAGUUUUGAUAAACCCAAACCUUUAUUUGUGGAAAAGCUUAGUGUGACUACCAAGAUUUCACUUUCUUACCUAGAUGUAAUUCAGUAAAUAUGCCAGGUGCAACCUUCAGGAGAUCAGAUUUCCCCUCCACGACGUAUCGGUUUGGGGAAUGUUUUAAUCUUUACAUCAACUAAUGAAUUAAAAAACCUCAGUUUAAAUGGAAACCAAAAACGUAGCAAUUAUAUAUCAUGGGAUGAAUAUUUCAUGUCUAUAGCACUAUUGUCCGCUAUGCGCAGUAAAGACCCUUCGACUCAAGUUGGCGCUUGCAUAGUUAACCAAGAAAAGAAAAUUGUUGGAAUAGGAUAUAAUGGAAUGCCCAACGGUAUUUUAGAUGAUGAUGUCCCUUGGGGAAAAGGAUCAACAAAUGAACUUGAAAAUAAGUAUCUUUAUGUUUGUCAUGCAGAGUUGAACGCCGUACUGAAUCGUAAUGAAGCUCAUUCUGGAGGUUGCACACUAUUCACAACAAUGUUCCCAUGUAAUGAAUGUGCUAAAGUUAUUAUACAGGCUGGAAUUAAAGAAGUGGUGUAUUAUUCGGAUAAGAAGAAUGGAACGGAAUCUAAUCAAGCAGCUAAAUAUUUAUUUAAUAAAGCUGGUGUCAGCAUAAGAAAAUUCACUCCAACGAAUCGAACUAUCAAUAUUAAUCUUAAUUAACUGAGGAUCCUAAUACAAAAAAGCGGAUAACUUACAAUCGACUAUGUAUCCACUGAAUUUGCACUGGACUGUUAGUUUUUGUAAUCAUAUUAUAGUUUAAUUCAAUAAAUACAGGUCAAUUGAGUAUUUAUAUAAAGUUUUCUUAGAAUUAUGCUCAAUAUGAGGAUUGUUGGAUGCUAAGCUAGUAGAAUGAUGCUACCAGGUAAUUGAAACAAAAUAUAUACAGCUUCCCAUGGUAAUUUCGUCCUUGACAUUGAGCAAAUUUAUACGAUUCCACAAAAUAAACGUUUCAUUAACAUGGUCAACCAGGUAAAACUGGAUCUAGUUUUAUUUACGUUUACUUGUAGAGUGACGACAGAUUUGGUAUUUUGUCUAAAACAUGAGAAUUAAGUCUAUUAAAUAGGUAGAUCGUGUUUGUUAUUGUUUGUAAGACGAAGUCGUUGAUGAAUAAAUUUCAGGAUUUUAUCUGGGAUUCGUACAGCUUUCCUAACUAAGAUGCGCGGUUGCACAGCAGAUAUUAAAUUAAACAACCUAAAAAGCUUAGAAAUUAAUUACCUUACUGCUGUUUAGGUCACCUAUUAAGAAAAAUCCAUGUUCUUGAAUGAAAUUGACAGUUGCGAUCUUUAGAUUUAUGAGAACACAGCAUCUUUAAUCUGGUGCUGCUUAGAUCAUCAGUGGGCAUCUCUUAAUCUACCAUUCAGCAUGGCUCGAGAAAGUAAACACAUUUUACAAUCCAAUUGACCCAUAAAUUUUUCAGCGUGUUUGACCUCAAGAAUCCAGUAGUUUAACUCAACAAACGUAGCCAGAUUUGACUGUAACGCCCAGACCUAACAAUACCAACCGACAGGUAGUCAGGGUAGGAUUUAAGUCUAUAACACAUCGCAAAUCAAACACUUGAAUGAUAGGCAUGUUUAACAUCUCGACAACGCACACAGUUCACCACA